AUGACAGCCACGGCAAAGCUUAUUCUCCUCACAGACAAUUGGUUCAGUGUACGUGUGUUUACUUUCCCUCUGGGUCUGGCCCUUCUGCUGAAUGCUCAGCUAGGUUCUGCUUACCAGUUGACAUGCUACUUCACUAACUGGGUCCAGUACUGGCCAGUCCUGGGGCUCUUCAAGCCUGAUGACAUUGACCCCUGCCUCUGUACUCACCUGAUCUAUGCCUUUGCUGGGAUGCGGACCAACGAGAUCACCACCAUUGAAUGGGACGAUGUGACUUUCUACCAAGCUUUCAGUGGCCUGAAAAAAAAGAAGAGCCAGCUUUAAACUCUCCUGGCCAUUGGAGGCUGGAACUUUGGAACUGCCCCCUUCACUGCCAUGGUUUCCGCUCCUGAGAACUGCCAGACUUUCAUUGCCUCAGUCAUCAAAUUCCUGCGCCAGUAUGAGUUUGAUGGGCUAGUUUGGGAGUACCCUGGCUCUUGUGGAAGCCCUCCUCAGGACAAGCAUCUCUUCACCAUCCUAGUGCAGGAAAUGCGUGAAGCUUUUGAGCAGGAGGCCACGCAGAUCAAUAAGCCCCGGCUGAUGAUCACUGCUGCAGUAGCAGCUGGCAUCUCCAGCAUCCAGUCCGGCUAUGAGAUCCCCCAGCUGGCCCAGUACCUGGACUACAUUCAUGUCAUGACCUAUGACCCCCAUAGCUCCUGGGAGGGCUACACUGAAGAGAACAGCCCCCUGUACACAUACCCGACUAACACUGGCAGCAACGCCUACCUCUGUGGUGAGUCCCUGCACACAUGCAGUUGUAGACCAGAGAUGAGGCUGUGCAUCACAUGGAAAUUCAGGGAUAAAACAAAUGAAAAUUCUGCAAACGUCAUGAACUGCGGGAAAGACAAUGGGGCCCCAGCUGAGAAGCUCAUCAUUGGAUUCCCCACCUAUGGCCACACCUUCAUCCUGAGUGACGCCUCCAACACUGGCAUUGGCGCCCCCACCUCUGGCGGCGGUCCUGCGCCACAGGCUGGGUUCUGGGCCCAGUAUGAGAUCUGUACCUUCCUGAAAAAUAGAGGCACUCAGGCAUGGGACGCUGAGUCCACAUCCCCUCGGGAUGUGCCCUGAGCCUGCCAGGGAAAUGAGUGGGUUGGCUAUGACGAUGUCAAGAGCUUUGGUAUCAAGGCUCAAUGGCUUAAGGAGAACAAUUUUGGAGGUGCCGUGGUCUCGGCCAUUGACCUGGAUGACUUCACAAGCACGUUCUGCAACCAGGGCAAGUUCCCCCUGAUCAACACCCUGAAGAAAGCCGUUGGGCAGCAGAGUGCAAGUUGCACCACCCCUGCUCUGGCCAGGAGCGGAAGUGGGAGUGGAAGCAGCAGCUUUGGGGACAAUUCUGUGCGGGGGGGUGGGGGGCGGGUCAACGGCCUCUACCCUGUGGCGAAUAACAGAAAUGCCUUCUGGCACUGACUGAAUGAAGUCACAUACCAGCAGAACUCCCCGGUCAGGCUUGUCUGUGAUUGCAACUGGGCAUAA